AUGCCGGACGUAGGCGUUGACGCUUCAUCGCCCUUGCCAUCCGAGAAGCGGCCUCGUUCAACCCCCCUCCACGCUCUUCCACACGGGAGAGACCAUGUUGCGAACCAAGCAACCAUGCCAGUUGUACAGGUGCCUCCAUCUGAGAGAGCUCUCAGCGUCUCGAACCCCCCAGGCCUUCCUUUAACCCCCCCGACUCCCGACGAGGAGAAGCGAAGCGCCGACGGACUGGAACUGCAAGAGGUUUCGUCUUCUCUAUCUGGCCAUACAACUCUCAGAGCAGUCACGCCAAAUCCGCAGAAUCCUCUUACUCCCGACAUCACCCCCCCUUCCGUCACCCCGAGCAGGAGAGCCGCGUCGAUCCGUAUGGAGCCGCCUUCGUCGUCCCGGGCCGAGUCGUUCCAGACUGCCUUCGAGAACAUUUCAUCCGACGGAGAAGUAGAGGGACCUUGGCAUUCGACACAUUCCUUUACCCGACAGAGCCUACUGCUGCAGAGGUCUCAAAGAUCAUUCCGGGGCGAUGAAUCUCCCUCGAAGCGUGAUGGUGCCAACACGAAAGGCGCCACACCAGUAGCCAAUGGCGGUAGCAGUGUAAAUCUGACUGCUUCACUUAGCACGAUAUCUUUGGGACGAAUGCAGCACAUCGAAGAGGACUCUACCGGGAUUUCUGUUGAGAAGAGGCGGUCGCCAGACCGUUUGAACCGUAGCCAAGGUCGCAGCAUGAAUUCUUUGCUACCAUCUCCUACAAUUGGCGACGGCGAUGUGCACAGCCCGCAAACUCCCCCCAAAGCUAGGAGUCCUGGCCACGGCAGUAUGAAGCAUAUCGAUGGAGAAUGUGACAGCCCGUCCAUUGAGGGAUCCCGCGAGAAAAUCGAGGUUCAAAACGUGCCUUCCCGUGUACCCGAGAAUCCCAGUCCUCGUAGGCUCUCCACAUUGUCCACAACUUCUACUGUUGAAGUCGUGGUUAUCGACUCUUCGCAGCACACUCCACCGCGGUCCUUGCGGCACACCGAGAAGAGGUUGUCUUUGCGCUCUGCCAGUUCACCUACCCCGCGGUCUCAAGGCACAACGCCGCCAUGGCGAGCUGAAUCGAUCCAAUCGCAGCAUCGCCUAGUGCGCAAAUCAGCCCGCAUAACAGACCGCGGUAGCCUCGCUUCUGACACUUCGGUUUCUCCUAGCUCCACGUCUACCGUGCCACAACAGAAGGUUGAUGUGAUACCUGUGGUUGUAAUCCCGCAGAGGCGUUCAUCUCUCAACUUUUCUACGGCCCCUAGUCAAGCGCAAACUGGGAUGGUCUCUGGGCCAUCGAAUCGACAAGCAGAUACUCGAAUUCGAAGCGGGACCGUCUCUGACCGUCAACGUGGGAGGAAGCGAGCCAAGUCAGACGCUGUAGCCAUGUCCUCUCAGCGUUCGGAUGUUAGGGUUCUUAGCUCCGGUCCCCCUUCCAUUCCUGCACGCAGCUCGUCGUUGUCAGCACCCACGAGCAGGAAUAAUUCCCGUGCUACCUCUCUGACGUCAGAAAGCCUACGGCAGCAUACACUGGCGAUGGACCUGGAACAUUCCAAAAGCCAAUCGAAACAGCCGGCGGUUGAGACGUCGGACAAAACCCCUGGUCCGAAUUCUCAUGCCACCUUAGAACCUCACGGCAUUCAUCAUUAUUUCCGCCCUUCUCUUGUGGGACUUGAUGACAUGUCCCAUCUCCGCCCUCCAUCCUUGCCUUUCACGCAAGGCUCGCUCCAGUCAUCUUCCCCCGGCCCAGUAGAGAUCAGUGAAGCUACCGCUGUGAACCUCUUCCCUCACAAGAACACAUCGCUACUGGUUGUCGAUCAGGAAGUAUAUCAAUCUCACGCUGCUCGGGCACUGCAGAUAGAGAAUAAGUACAACUAUGAAAAUGCGAGGACGCCAGAGAUAUCUUCUCGGGAUAAUCAAGUGAACGUCGAUUCCCCCCUGACCAACCCUCGCCCUCCGCCAAAACCGCCAGUUCCCAAUGGCCCUAUUUCCAGCCCUACGAAUAACGUGGACGACCAACAUGAAGUUCCAAAUGAUGGCGGUCUAGAUCGUUGCCGCUUCAGAAGCGUCCGGCGUGCCUGGAAUGCACGGUCCCGGCCCGAAUCAUUCUCUUCAUUUUCGCGGUCCUUCUCAUUGAGGUCAGUUAAGAAUCGAAAAGCCGGAAAGGAGAUUGAUAGCAAGUCACAUCCAUUCUGGCGACCCCGCGGUUUUUGGGAUGAUCUGGCGACGAAUUCCGAUCCUUCCUCGCCUGAGUGCGAUGACGCUGGCAUAACCCAUAAUCCGGACAUCUUUAUCAGCAAUUCUUUAGGAAUGCCGCAGGAGCGACUGAUCUUUGAUGGGCCCUCGUCGCUUGCUCGCCGCAGCCCGGAAUUGAAGCGAAUCGUGGACGGAAUGUCUCGACAGUCUCCGAGAACAAAUGUUAUCACCAGGAGGAUGCUCAAGCAGGAAAUGCGCCGGUUGCAAUCUGUCUUGGACCCGCACCGCUUGAAACCCGCCUUUCGGCGUGCGCCGCGGGUUUAUAUGGCACCGGCGCGAAAUCUAAAGAAGCGAGUGAGACGUAUGCAGCAGAAACGGACAGAGAUGAAGCAGGAGAGAAGGAGGGAAAGGGUGAAGAAGAGCAUUGUGCUUCUGAAUGGAGACGGGGUUCAUGCGGAUGGCACUACUAAUUCUUUUGUCUAA